GGCAUAAAUAUGAACAAGUGCCUGUCGAACCGCGCCGCGUGUGAAUUUGUUGCUGGUGUCCGACUUGAAUGUUUCAUUAAGUUCUAUAACACGUUGUUGGCGAAUGAUUAGUUUAUAUUUAUUAUUACUUUGUACAUAAAUUAUCCAAAAUGUUUGAAGCUCGUAGCAUUAAUGUGGAACAUAAAGAUCUCAUUCAUGAUGUAGCUUACGACUUUUAUGGAUUAAGAUUAGCUACAUGUUCAAGUGACCAGUUUGUGAAAGUGUGGGAUCAAGAUGAUCAAGGUAACUGGCAUCAGACUGCUUGUUGGAAAGCACACACAGGAUCAGUAUGGAAAGUCACAUGGGCUCAUCCUGAAUUUGGACAGGUUCUUGCAACUUGUUCGUUUGAUAGAACGGCAGCUGUUUGGGAAGAGAUAGUUGGUGAAGGUUCAGUUCCCGGUGAACGUGGCAUGCGACACUGGGUGCGGAGAACCAACUUAGUUGAUUCUCGUACUUCUGUCACUGAUAUAAAAUUUGCUCCAAAACAUUUGGGCCUUCUUCUAGCUACAUGUUCUGCUGACAGUAUUGUCAGAGUCUAUGAGGCUCCUGAUGUAAUGAAUUUGAGUCAAUGGACUCUGCAACAUGAAAUUUCCUGCAAACUUCCUUUUAGUUGCCUGAGUUGGAACCCUUCACUCUCAAGGUUACACCCUCCUAUGCUCGCUGUAGGAAGUGAUGAUAGCAAUGCAUCUAGUGGAGGAAAAGUCUUUAUCUUUGAAUAUAGUGAGAAUACUCGUCGAUGGAACAAACCAGAAACUCUUCCAAAUGUGACAGAAGCUGUGCAUGAUCUAGCUUUUGCUCCAAAUCUGGGUAGGAGUUUUCAUCUGCUGGCAGUGGCCACCAAAGAUGUGCGAAUUUAUACCCUAAAACCUCUUCAGGACUCUUCCAGUAUGCAAAGUGGUCUUAGCAGAUUUGACAUCCAGUUAUCUGCUCAAUGUGAUGAUCAUUUGUGCACUGUAUGGAGAGUUUGUUGGAACAUUACAGGCACUCUAUUGGCCUCGUCAGGAGAUGAUGGUUGUGUUCGUUUGUGGAAAUCUACAUCGUAUUCUCAAACCAAUUACCUGCACAAUUGGAAGUGUGUAUCAGUACUGAAAGGUGAUGGCACCCAGGCGCAGAAUGAGUCUGCUUCCACAGCCCUGGCCACCCCCGUGGGAGUGAUGGCUUCUGCUACCCAAAGCACUGCCAGCCCACGUGUCAUCGACGAGAUGUCAUCGCCCUCUCCGCAGCAGCCACCCCCUGCCAGCAAGUGGCAGGCUCCUGUCAUCAAAGGCCGCUUUCAAAAGAUGACGUGGUUGGGUUCAGACCCUCCACCCCCACCCAUGGAAAAGUCAAAACCUUUCAAAAAGUGAUGGCAAAUGCUUGACAUGGCUUGCUGAAUGUUUUUAUUUAUUUAUUUUUAUAUGUAUUAAUGGCGAGUUUUUAUUGUGUCACUUGCUGAUGUUUAAUUCAGUACGUGAAGGAAAGUUCACAAAUACUUUAUACUUUCUGUGGUCUGUGGACUUUGCCAUAACUUCCAGUGAUAUAUUAAAGGGAUCUGGAUUUCAUUGUUGUGUAACCUGUGGAUAGAGAAACUGAAGAGAUGAUUAUUGAUGGCUACUCAUCGUCUUGGAUUUGUGAACAUUUUUACUGGAUUGGUCCUUUCUGGAUGCAAAUUCACACAUCUGUUGGGACAUUUUUUUAUGAAAAAAUUUGAGAGAGCUAUGGAUGUAUUUUGUUCUGAUUCCUAAUGUUUGUGAUACUCUAUUUGUAUAGAGCUUUUGUUUUCUUUUCUUUUUUAGUGAUUUGCAUGAAUAUUUUUUGCAUUCACAUUGUCUAUUUAAAGUUUUGUGAAGUACUUUGUAGUUCCUGAUCUCAUGUAUUUGAGUUUUUUAAAUUGUUUACAGUGUAGUCCUAGUAUAUUAAAUCCAUAAUUUCUGUCAUUAAAAUUCAUGUGUGAAAUAUUUAUUAUCCUUAACGAUACAUUAGUUUAUUUAAAAAUUUGAAUAUGAAUUGUUUGGUGAAAUACCACGAGUUGUACUGCAUUAUUAAAUGCUAAAUAAGUGAUGCAAUUUUGAGUGUCAUUAUAUGCACAAAAAUAAUUUGAUUUUUGGUGUAUCGAGAACCGUAAUGUGCAUGGUAAAAUGUAAAUAAGAAUUUAUAUCAAAUUCAUAAAUGACUAAUUGAGAUCUGUGACAAAAACAGAUAAGAAUGAUUUUGGUGAAAAGUUCAUCACUGCUGGAUAUGUUUCCAAAAUCCCAUUGGUAUAAAUGUGUAGUAUAAUAUAAAAGUUGAAUACCCACCUUCAUGUGGUAAGUAAAAUAUUUAAGAACAAAUAGCUUGUGUCUAAAACUUACAUAAUUCUAGACCAAAACAAAUGUCAUUUCCAAAUAACUAUAAACAUGAAACGACUGGUUGCAAAUGCUAUGAAAUGAAAUUUUAAAAUUCAUUAGGUAUUCAAUACCUGUCAAUCUUCUUUGGAAUAGAACACUAUGGUAAACUUCAAACAUUUUAGUAGAACUUUAGUCACAGCUUCAAAAUGUUCAUAUAUUUUUAUCAUAUUGGCAUGCUAGUCAAUGGCUGCUCUUCCCAAAUGUUCAGCUAUUUAAAUAUGUUUAGUUAAUGUGAGAUGCAUAAAUGUUUCAUUUGUGUAAUUUCUCUUGAGUCGCAAUUGCAUCACAAUUUCCUUGCAUUCACUAGCAGCUUGCAGAUACAAGAGGAUCCGUUGGUGUACUCCAAAUGGUUAGGGGCCGCCCAUAAAUUCCGUAACACAAAUUUGAAGUAUUUUCAAUAUCCCCUCCCUCCCUUGUAACACACACUUGAACCCCCCUAAAUAAGUACGUAAUGCUUGCGAGAACACAUCCUCCUUGUAAAUGCAAGUAGUGAAAAUAAAUUAUAGCUCAAUAAAAACAAUUUUUAUUUAUUAUAC